AUGAACCGUACUCGCUUCAACCGCAUGUCCGCCGCCCGCGCCAUCGCCGCAGGCGCACUGGCGGUUUUUGCCGCAAUGCCGGCAACCGCUGCCGCCGAGCAGCUCUCCGGUCAGGCUCUGAAGGAGACGAUCAACGGCAAGCGCGUCUAUCUCGCCACGCCUUUCGGCGGCGAAUUUCCCUUGCAUUACAAGAGUAACGGCCAGGUGACCGGCGACGGCACCGCGCUCGGUCUCGGCCAGUACUUCGCGCCGCGCGAGACCGGGCGCUGGUUUGUGGAAGGCGACCAGCUCUGCCAGCAGUUCCCGACCUGGUAUCGCGGCAAGCUGAGUUGCUUUACCUUGCGCAAGACCGGUGAGACCACGCUGCGCUGGCGCCGCGACGACGGCUAUUCGGGCCGGGCACGCAUCGAGGGCUGA